GGGCAGUCAGCUUGCGGCUGGGUCACAGACUCUCUGUCUCACUCUGACAAGCGCUCAAAGAUCAUGCAUGAAUCAGCAUGAUGCACAUUUUUCAGCAGGGUUCCAUCCUCAAACCACCACCGCAUCAUCAUCAUUAUCAUCAUGGCUGAAGGAAGAAUGCCUCUUCAGUAAGUUCUCAGUGCUUCAUUCUUAGCAGUGGUGCGAGGAGAUUCUGUAGAGAAGUGGGGAUUAGAAACAUGGCAUUCCGUGGGAAGAAGGGCCGACCGAAGCAGCAGUCUCGCUCGGGCCCACAGCUGCCGUCCGUUCUGAGGAAGCAGAUUGCUGCGCAGACAGCUGAGGAUGGAUCGGGGGGGUCUGCGAGGAGGGAAACUAGCGGCGGGAAGCUCAACCACCGCGAGAGGAGGAAAUUUGAGAAGGACGAGAAGGUGCGGAGACGGCAGCAGGAGCAGGGGGUAAACGGACAGCGGGGGCAGCAGCAGCGAGGCCGGAAAAAUGUUUCUGGGGGAAGGGCACAAAAGGAUGAUGCUCGUCGGCCGGAGGUAUCAAAGAAGAGAAGGCGGGCAGUCGAUGCCCCCCGCACCAAGUUCGAAGAGCUGCUUUCAAUGGAGAAGAAAGCGGGGGGCGGCGCAGCGGCCGCAGACAUCGAACUAGAGCGGCGCCUAGCAAAGAAACUCAAAUUGAAGGACGGCAAAAUCAAGGGGCCGCAAGACGGGUUCGACGUCCUCUUGGGGGGGCUCAAAGAUUAUGGGGGACAGGAAGAGGAAGAGGGUACGGAUGAGGAAUCUGCGUCCGAAUCCGGGGGGUCGGAGGGUAGUGACGAGGGGGAGUUUGGGGGCUUGUUUGGGGAGGCGAGCGAGAGCGAUGGUUCUGAGGGGGAAGCGGACUUUGACCUGGACUCGGACGAGGAAGAGGAGGGAAAAGGGGAGGUUGCUAAGAAGCGGAAGCAAUCAGGCAGCAAAGGCGGAAAAAAGGAAGAGGCUGAUGAAAGAAGCGACGGGCUUGUUGGGGACGGGGAAGGGGCUUCGGACGGCGGAGCAAGUUCCAAGAAUCCGGACGACGACUUGGACCAAGAUUUGGACACGGAUUCGGACCACGAUUUGGACCAAGAAGAAGAGAGCGGUUCCGAAAGUCCAGGAGACGAAGAUUUGGGCCCGAGUCCAAGCGGGAGGGAAGAGAGCGCCGAGGAAGAGCCGAUCGAAACCGACAUUUUCGGGCGGCCGAAACAGGGGGGUCCGGAAGGCUCGGCGGCAGUCAAGUACGUGCCCCCCCAUUUGCGGGCGGCGGCGCAGGGGCCUCUGAGUGAGGAGAUGGUUCGGUUGCAGCGGAGGAUCAGGGGGCUGCUGAAUAGGCUGACGGAGGCAAACGUGGAAUCGAUCGCGAGUGAGAUGGUGCUUAUUUUCCAGGCACACGCACGACAUUCCGUUAUGGAAUCCAUCAAGGAAGAAAUUUUAGGCUCGCUCAUAAGUGGUCCCCGCGGAAACGACCAGUACGCCGCUGUCUUCGCCGCAUUCAUUGCGGGGCUCGCGGCGUCGGUUGGCGUGGAGAUUGGGGCCAACUUUUUGGGGGCGCUCGUGGUCAGCUUUGAGGAGCAGUACAAAAGGAGAGAUAGCCUGGCGUGUCGGAAUCUUGCGUUAGUGCUGGCGCAUCUAUACAACUUCCAGCUGCUUGCGAGCCCGUUUCUCUACGAGUUCCUGCACCACCUUCUCGCUCGCUUCCACGAGCUCGACGUGGCGACCAUCGCACACCUGCUCCAGGCCUGCGGGCUCGCCCUCCGGUCCGACGACCCCGUCCGAAUGAAAGACUUCGUCCUGGCCGUCCAAAGACGAACCGCCCAAGAAACCGCCGCUCUAGUUCCUCUGGAAGCCCCGGAGAAAAAGGCCAAACCCCUCGGGGACCUGGGCGAGAAAGCGGCGGAGUCGUUCCGGGCCGCGGCCGAGAGGGUGACGUCAGCGGCGGGAGGGGUGACGUCAGCGAAAGAGGGGGCCGACCCAGGGCUGAGCAAACGGGUGCGAUUCAUGCUGGACACGAUCACAGACACGAAGAACAACCGGCGGCGGGGCGACGGGGAGGCGCCGUGGCAGGGGCGGCUGCGCAAGUGGCUGGGCAAGAACAACGUCGAUGCCGCCCAGCUCCGCUCCGUCACUCUCGCCAACGCUCUCACCCCACACAAAAAGGGCCUCUGGUGGCUCCCCCCAGCUGCCGGAACCCUAGAAAAGUCCGCUGCCGAUUCCGCCCACUUCGGGGGGGUCGUUUCCGGGGCGAUCGACGGGGGGGCCGCCGAGGCAGACCGGCUUCUACAGUUAGCGUCCAAGCAGCGGAUGAACACUGACGUCAGGAGGUCGAUCUUUUGCAUCAUCAUGAGCGGGGAGGAUUACGUGGACGCGCAUGAGAAGCUGCUGAGGCUGAAACUGCCCGGGAAACAAGACCGGGAGAUCCUGCGCGUGCUCGUCGACUGCUGCAUGCAGGAGCGGUGCUUCAACAAGUACUACGCGCUGCUGGCCGCGAGGCUGUGUUCGCAGGAGCACAACCACAAGUUCACGCUCCAGUACUGCGUGUGGGACCACUUCAAGCAGCUUCCCUCCAUGGACCUGCGCCGGAGCGCCAACCUAGCGCGCUUCCUCGCCGGAGUGAUCGCUUCGUUUGCGCUCAGCCUCUCCAUCCUGAAGGCGGUGGAGUUCACCGACCCUCAGAUGGACGCCAAGACCGUGAUGCACUUCCGCAUCCUGCUCGAGACGCUCCUGCUGGACAGUCCGCGGGACGUCGUCGUCUCCGCGUUCGGACGCAUCGCCGGACAGCCGCAGCUGUCCGCACUGCGCGAGGGAAUCUCCCUCUUUUUCCACCAGCAUUUAUUGAGGCACCAGCCGAUCGUGCAGAGUAAGGACAGGAGUAGCGACGACCAGAUGGGGCUGCUGCUGAAGAGGAUAAAGGCGGCGAAGAAAGCGAUGUCGAGCGUGGGGGGGGCUGCGGCGGAGCUGUGAUCGUUGGCCUGGACUAUUCGAUCGGCCAAAUAAUGUUAUCGACGUGAAGUUUCCCAAUCAUUUGCAGCCUUUCCGCAGUUUAGCUUUUGCGCGUGACCAGUCUUUGUUGACUCAGUCAGCGGCGCAGCAAUUCAGAUGGUUUCGAUGCAGUUUUCGG